UGUUCCACAAAACAUCAAUGUAUAUUCCUAUUUUUUUUAUUUCCAGGUGUCACGAGCCUUCGAGACGUCAUGCUUCUAGUUGAGCCUUCGACAGUUAUCAGGGGUGGCACAGCCGCCCUAAUUUGCUCUCGGGAUAUGCAGGGCGCGCCACUGUACUCCGUGAAAUGGUACAGAGGCAACCAUGAGUUCUACAGGUAUACGCCGAUGGAAGAUCCAGACACCAGAGUGUUUGGACUGCCUGGGAUUUAUGUGGAUAUGAACAGAUCCAACGGUACCCAGGUGUUACUACGAAGACUGGACCUCACGUUGGCUGGGAACUUUAGCUGUGAAGUCACUGCGGACUCACCGUCCUUCGCGACGCAGAUUGCUACCAAAUUCAUCGAUGUUAUUGCGUUGCCACCCAUCGCUCCAGUACUGAAGGCAGAUAAGGACCGCUACCAGCCAGGAGAGGUGCUGAAGGCAAACUGCACAUCAUCACCAGCGCGGCCAGCUGCCAACCUUACCAUCUACAUUAAUGAGGAGGCUCUCCGCUCAUCAGAAACAAGUCUUCAUCCAUCUGAGAGUGGUUUACUCUGGACCAGCGUCAAAGCAGACGUGAAGGUUACUCCAGAGCUGUUCCUCGGCGGCCGGCUUAGGGUGGCCUGCCUCGCCACAGUAUAUGACGUGUACAGGAGCUCAGCAAACCUGGACUUCUUUACACCAGAUACGGAUCCUCGGCCUGAGAGGAUCACCCUCAACAGUGCAUCCAAGACGUUCCAAAGCUGGAUCCUGUUGUUCCUUCUCUUCUUGCUGCCUGUAGUGAUGGGACAAGACUACAUAGUACCCUUCGUUGAAUAUGAUGAUUAUGAUGAUAAAUACGAAGCCGUGGCCAGGUCAGCCCUACUUGGCGGCUGA